AUGAAAGCAUUUCCAUAUGCUUCACUAAUUGGGACUUUAAUGUAUGCUCAAGUCUAUACCAGACCUGAUAUAGCAUAUGUUGUGGGAUUACUGGGGAGAUUUCAAGCUAAUCCAGGAAUGGAACAUUGGAGAGCUGCAAAGAAAGUAUUGAGAUAUCUUGAAGGGACUCAAGAUCAUAUAUUCAAAUACAACAAAUCCGAUCUCUUGGAGAUAGUUGGAUACUCAGACUUAGACUUUGCGGGAUGUCCAGAUAGUAGAAAGUCAACAUCAGGUUAUAUCUUUCUACUAGCUGGUGGUGCAGUCUCGUGGAAGAGUUCGAAGCAAAAGAUGACAGCUGCUUCAACAAUGGAGGCUGAGUUAUUAGCAUGCUAUGAUGCAGUUACACGGGCUAUUUGGUUGAGAAACUUUAUCAUGGGCUUACAGAUCGUGGACAGUUUAGCAGCACUUUAUCAAGGCCCAUAA